AUGUAUAUGUAUUGUGGGGUAAAAUAUUCCUUGGUUUGCAAAAAGUAUAUAUUGUUCUUGUCUUCCCCAGCUGUGGGCACCAAGAUUACAGAGUUCUUGACAGAUUGGUCCCACAAAAAGGAUGAGUUAUCAGAAAAAUUUAAGGACAUUUACAAUUUCUCAAAACCCAAGAGUGUUGGGAAGGGCAAAGGUGGAAAGUCCAAGUCUCAGGUGGUAAACCAUAACGCACAAGGACUGUGUAGCUAUGCAGCAGAUUUGAUGAUUGAGCUAUAUUUAAAGGUUUUUACUCAGUGGAAAGAAAUAGCUCUUAUAAUAAGAAAGAAAGAGUUCAGUAAUGACGAAGAAGAUGCUAUUGACGUAUUUGAUUUAAAGUGUAAAGAAUGGGGCUACCUCCUCAGACAUACAUUUGGACCACGGCUGGGAACAGGUGAUUAUGGUCACAUGGUCAUAGAUCAUGCCUCCAUGCUAUUACGACUGCACCGAUCCAUUGGGAAAAUGUCAAACCAAGGUUUUGAGGCCAACCAUAAAAUUCACCGGCAGUUGUAUGCACAAGCCUCAUCACAUGAUUCUCCAGGUCAUGCAGCAUCUUUGGAACAGAUAAUAACCCACCAGUACAGUGAGGAACUGCUGUUCCUGAGGUUAUGUUUCCGACAAGCAAUUGUGUCUAUUGAGAAAAGGACACCAUUUCAUUUUCCUGGAUGCCAAUGGAAAAAAAGCCAUAAGAUAGUGGAUUGGUCAAGCAAUGACAGAACCUGGAUAUACAAAGUUGAUGCUCUUUUCACUGCUAUCUUUUCACAUGAUACCUUACGGUAUCAAUACCAAAAGAAGGUUCUUCAAGAUGGCAGCAUUAAGAAUGGGAAAUGUAUUGUCCACCCAGAUGAUCUUCCAACUUUUGUAUACAGUCGAACCUCUAUUAAGCGGCACUCUAUUAAGCGGUCACCCUCUAUUCAACGGUCACUUACUAAAGUCCCGAAUUUUCUCUCUCAUGUAUACUGUAAACUUGACCCCUAUUAAGCGGUCACCUCUAUUAAGCGGACGUGGUCACCAUAUCAACGUA